GAGAAACAUAAGAUAUAACAGAAAAAAAUGCAGAAUAGGGUGAAGAUAAUCGAUGGUAACUCAAAAAAUUGAAAAUGGGAUGAGGAUUAUGAGUAGAUCGAUUACCUUUCCGAAGAGCAAUGGGUAAGUCAGCAGAAGGAGGCAAAACCGGGGCAGGAGAAGUCGAAAGGAUAGGAAGUGAGUUAGCAGGUACCUCGUCCAAAGAAGGAGGAACAGCGACACGAUGACGGCAAUGAUAAACCUGAAGUGGGCGAGAAGGUACUGCAUCAGGUGGGGAGAUAAUGGGAAGGGGUAAGACUUCAGAAACAGGAAGAGACUCAGAGGUGGAGAAGAACGGUGAGUCCUCAAAGAAAGUGACAUCAGCGGAGAGAAAGUAGCGAUGAGCCUCAGAGGAAUAACAACGAUAACCCUUUUGAAGUUUGGAAUAUCCCAAGAAGAUGCAUUUUGUGGCUUUGGCAGAAAGUUUGUCCUGUCCAGGAGUGAGAAUAUGAACAAAGCAAGUACAACAAAAAACACGAGGAGGAAGGAAAUAAAGUGGUUGGUCAGGAAAAAGAAGGGAAUGAGGAAUCUGAUCAUGAUACAGACGAGGGCAUACGAUUAAUCAAAUAACAUGCUGUAAGAACAGCGUCCCCCCAAAAACGAAAAGGAACAUGACUAUGGAGAAGGAGAGUACGAGCUAUCUCAACAAGAUGUUGAUUCUUACGUUCAGCUACCCCAUUUUGUUGAGGAGUAUGAGCACAAGAAGAUUGAUGAAUGAUCCCAUAUUGGGACAUAAAUGAAGUAAAUGGUGCAGAAAAAUAUUCCCUGGCAUUGUCACUGCGCAACACACGAAUAGAAAUAUUGAACUGGGUUUAGAUUUCAGCAUAAAAUUUCUGAAAAAUAGAGAAUAACUCAGCUUGAUUUUUCAUUAAAAAUAACCAAGUACAUCGAGAAUAAUCAUCAAUGAAAGUGACAAAAUACUGAAAUCCUAAAGUAGACGCGGUCCGACAAAGACCCUAAACAUUAGUGUGGACAAGUUCAAAAGGAGACUUUGCCCGAUUAUUCAAACGCUUUGGGAACGAGACACGAGUAUGUUUCCUAAGCUGACAGGACUCACACGCAAGCGACGACAAAGAUGAAAAACUAGGGACCCUUUUUCUGGAACUUGGAUAGACUAGGGUGGCCCAGACGACUGUGGAUGAGGAGGGGAGCAUAGUGGAAAUGCAAACUGCAUGAGUUGAAGACACGGUGAGGUGAUAGAGGCAUUGAGACUCACGUCCUAUGCCAAUCGUCUUCCCCGUACUCCGGUCCUGCAAGGUCACAAAUUUAUCAGAGAAAGUGAUAGAACAAUUAAGAGUGCGAGUUAUUGUGUUGAUGGAAAUAAGAUUAAAAGGACACUCAAGGGCAUAAAGGACAUAAUGGAAAGGUAGGGAAGGGAAAGGAUGAGCGAAACCAAAACCUUUAGCCAUAGUUUGGGAACCAUUAGCUAAAGUAACAGUAGGUAAGGCAGAGGUAGUAAUAAUAGAAGAGAAAAGAUCCUUAUUACUAGAUAUGUGAUCAGAAGCGCCAGAAUCUAGAAUCCAAGGUUCAAGAGAAGAUGUGUGGGUAAGACAAGUAGAAGCAUUACCAAUCUGGGCAACAGAAGCAACAGAAGCUGACUUGGUGGCCUAAUAGCGGAGAUAGUCAUCAUACUCACUGUCAGUAAGGGAAAUACCCUGAGAUGUGGAGGAAUUGGGAGGCUGAGGCGACUGAGGAUCAGAUGACUGGGCCACGUGGGUAGUGCGGGGAGGCCGCCCAUGUAACUGAUAACACCGAUCACGAGUGUGGCCAAGCUUAUUGCAAUAGGUGCAAUGAGGACGUUGGCCUCUACCUCGGUUACCACUGCGUCCUCCUCAAGAGUUAGUUUAAGAAACUAACACAGAAGAAUCUGAAGUGUUAUCAGAUGGCAAAGUCUGAGUGGAGGGGAUAUGGAGGAGGCGAGCAAACACAUCAUCCAAGGAUGGAACGGAGGAACUGUCAAGAAUCUGAUCGCGGACGGUCUCGAGAUCUGGACGGAGGCCAAUAAGCGUAAGAACCAUGAAGAACUUGUCAAUUUGUGUUCGUUGAUCCCCAACAUCAGUAGUAAGAGGCAUCACGGUCAAGAAUUACUCCUUAAGAUAGGCAAUCUGGCCCAAUGUUUUUAAAGGCGUUUGUGGGGCGCGCCUUGAGGCGAGGCGCAACGAAAACGCGUUGAGGCAUUAAAAAUAAAACGAAACACCUGAAAGGCGUACGCUUUUCCGGUGAGGCGUGAUUGAGGCGCGCUUUGAUCGCGCCUUUCACGCUCCAAGAAGAAGGCGUACGCUUCGUCGGAUCUGAUGUGGCAAUGAACAGAGAUUUAAAAAAAAACCCUAAGUAAUCCCUAAAACCCCAGUCCCGACUGAAAACAAACCCAAAACGAAACCCUACCUCCAACGACUCAAGCGGCAACGGAGUGCUCACCCUCGGCGGCGACCAAUCGCAGCGAUCUUCUCCGGCGGCAAUCCCUCUCAUCUCCAGAAUGAGUUCCUCCGAUUCGAAGAAUUCAAGAAAAGAUUUUGUGUGGAAGUAUGUGAUUGAAGUUUCUGGAGAGCAAUAUUUAAGAUGUAAAUUUUGCAAUCAAAGAUGUACGGGAGGGGUGAAUAGACUAAAGCAUCACUUAGCCGGAACUCAUCAUGGUAUGAAACCAUGCAACAAAGUUAGUGAAGAUGCUAGAUUGGAAUGUAAAGAGGCAUUGGCUAAUUUUAAGGAUAAAAAAACGAAGAGAAAUGAAUUGCUCCAAGAAAUUGGUAUGAGUCCAACUUCAAUGCAUGAAAGUGCCUUGUCUAAAACAAUAGGGACAUUAGGGAGUGGGAGUGGGAGUGCGGAACCUAUUCCUAGGGGACCCAUGGAUAAAUUUACCACUUCACAACCUAGACAAAGUACUUUGAAUUCAAAGUGGAAGCAAGAAGAAAGGAAGGAAGUGUGUAGAAAAAUUGGUAGGUUUAUGUAUUCAAAAGGUCUCCCAUUCAACACUGUGAAUGAUCCUUAUUGGUUUCCUAUUAUAGAUGCUGUUGCAAACUUUGGGCCCGGGUUUAAGCCUCCAUCUAUGCACGAAUUGAGGACAUGGAUUCUUAAAGAAGAGGUGAAUGACCUAAGUAUCAUUAUGGAAGAUCACAAAAAAGCUUGGAAACAAUAUGGAUGUUCAAUUAUGUCAGAUGGUUGGACAGAUGGAAAAAGUAGGUGUCUUAUCAAUUUUUUAGUGAAUAGUCCUGCUGACACUUGGUUUAUGAAAUCAAUUGAUGCUUCUGAUACAAUAAAAAAUGGGGAAUUGAUGUUCAAAUAUCUUGAUGAGGUGGUUGAAGAAAUUGGAGAGGAGAAUGUUGUGCAAGUCAUCACUGAUAAUGCCUCUAAUUAUGUGAAUGCUGGAAUGAGGCUUAUGGAAAAAAGGAGUAGAUUGUGGUGGACUCCUUGUGCUGCUCAUUGCAUUGAUUUGAUGUUGGAGGAUAUUGGAAAGCUAAAUGUUCAUGCUACUACACUUUCUCGAGCUAGGCAAGUUGUGAAGUUUAUAUAUGGGCAUACUUGGGUUCUUAGCUUGAUGAGAACAUUUACAAAAAAUCAUGAACUUAUUCGUCCGGCAAUUACACAGUUUGCUACUGCAUUUCUUACUCUCCAAAGUCUUAAUAAGCAAAAGCAAGCUCUUAUAGCAAUGUUCUCCUCAGAAAAAUGGUGUUCAAGCACAUGGGCUAAAAAGGUAGAAGGUGUGAAAACUCGAAGUACAGUGUUGUUUGAUCCAAAUUUUUGGCCUCAUGUUGCUUUUUGCAUAAAGACCACUGUUCCAUUAGUUAGUGUCUUGAGAGAGGUUGAUUCAGAGGAAAGACCAGCCAUGGGUUAUAUUUAUGAGUUGAUGGAUUCAGCUAAGGAGAAGAUUGCAUUUAAUUGUCGGGGCAUGGAGAGAAAAUAUGGCCCAAUUUGGAGAAAAAUUGAUGCAAGAUGGACUCCGCAACUUCAUCGACCUUCACAUGCAGCAGGCUAUUAUCUUAAUCCUCAAUUGCGGUAUGGAGAUAAGUUCUCUGAUGUUGAUGAGGUGAGGAAGGGAUUAUUUGAAUGCAUGGAUAAGAUGUUGGAUUAUCAAGAACGUUUAAAAGCUGACAUUCAGUUGGACUUAUAUAACCAAGCAAUGGGUGAAUUUGGGAGUCGUAUUGCAAUUGAUUCUCGAACAUUAAGAAGUCCUACAAGUUGGUGGAUGCGUUUUGGGGGUUCAACACCGGAGUUGCAAAAGUUUGCUAUUCGAGUCCUUAGCCUUACUUGUAGUGCUUCGGGAUGUGAAAGAAAUUGGAGCACAUUUGAAUCGAUCCAUACAAAAAAAAGAAAUAGACUUGAACAUCAAAGGUUGAAUGCUCUAGUGUAUGUAAGGUACAACACUAGAUUGAGAGAGCGAAGUCUACAAAGGAAACAAAAUGUUGAUCCAAUCUUGGUAGAGGAGAUUGAUUCCGAUGAUGAAUGGAUUGCGGAGAGAGAAGAUCCCCUCCUCCCCCUUGAUCUUUGUUGGCUUCAAGAUAAUGAAUUAUUCAAUGUUGAUGCCAUUAGAGUUGUGUCAUCCAACUCCCAAGAGACGCAAGCAUCAUCGGAUCAUAUGGUUUCUUCACAUUCCUACAAAAGGAAACAUAAUGAAGUACCAAGUACAAGUGGAGGCAAAGACAAAGAUAAGGAAUUGAAUUUGACACCAAUUGAUGAAGAUGAAGAUUUAGAUGAAAUGGGGAUACAUGAUAGUGGACAUUUUCCUACUAUUGAUACAUUGGAUGAGGAUGAUGAUGACCUUGGAGAGGAGGAUUUAAGUUGAAACAAUUUACUCUAGUUGUUAUUUCAUGACUUAGUUAUGGAUUUUUUGUAAAAGUUUAGAACUAUUAUUAUGGUUGACUCUAUUUUCUAUUUCAUGACUUAGUUAUGGCUUUUUGUUAAAGUUUGAAACUAUUAGUAUAGUUGAAUCUAUAAUCUAUUUUAUGAAUUUGUUA